AUGUCUGAAACUACAGGCUUAACUACCAAUAAUUUACUGGAUGGAGUGGUUAAAGAAGUCCAAGAUACCAACAAUAAACCAAAGAAUGGAACAGUGUUUGAAAUAGCUCUGGAGAUUGAUAAUACGAUUAAAGAAUUGAUGCAAACUUUAGAUAAGAAUGAUAAAGAUAUAGUAACCAGAAUGGAUAAAAUCUCCAAAGAAAUAGGAAAGAUAAGAAGUAAAAGUUAG